CUGAGAGUGUAGAUUCGCUAAGACUUGACUAGGGCAUCCAAAAAUCCGGACUAAAUCGUCAGAGUAGCUUGGUCCUCCUUAUAAUAGAACAAGAACAUGUCCUCCCUCCCCUCUUCUUCUUCUUCUUCUUCUACCACACGCGGUGCCGACUUGGUCCGGAGCCUUCCAGUGGCAACCGCCGGUACCAUUGGAUUGUGCUGUUCGGUCUACGUGUCGCAACUGGUCUUGGAUGUUCCCGUCCGUCUCUUUACUAUGAAUCCCCGUCGCAUUUUGUACCUGCACGAAUACUACCGCAUGGUCUCGUCGUGUUUCUUCCACGGCAGUCUGAUGCACAUUGCCAUGAAUAUGAUGUCCACCGCCGCCAUUUCCACACUCAUGGAACGACGACUCGGGACGCUGGCGUAUAUUCUCACGGUUCUCUGGGCGGUCCUAUUAACGUCCAGUCUCUACGUGGCAUUGGCGUAUGUAUCGCAUACACUCUUUUGGUCGGAUGGACUCUUGAAUUCACACGCCGUGGGAUUUUCCGGAAUCAUGUUUCAUUUGUUGGUCCUCGAAUGCAACUUGGUGCCGGCGGCUACUCGCAGUAUCUUUGGGCUGGUACAAGUGCCUUCUUACGCCUAUCCCCUUGCCAUGCUCGUCGUCAUGCAAGUCAUAUUGCCCAAUAUUAGUUUUUGUGGACAUUUGUGUGGCAUUGUCACGGGAAUGCUGCAAUUGUACGGUGUUCUCGAUGUGGUCUGUUUGGUAGCAGACGAAUCGCAUCUCCAAACCAUGGAACAAUGGCGGAUAUUGAGGCCCAUUACCAGCAAGGAGAAUUAUGUGCCUGUUCGAAUCAAUAACAGCAGCAAUAAUACGAGCGACCUACGACGAGAUCCCAAAACACUCUGGCGAUCCACUCAACGAACGUGUCACUUGGCAUGGACGUUUGCAUGGAAUAUUCUGGAAACAUGCCAAGUCGCCAUUUUCGGACGAGGAAGACGUGUCAAUGCCAAUAUCUAUUUUCCGGCUGCAACAACAAGAUCACGAGGAGAGGAUCACAGCAGUAACAGCAUACAAUUAUUGCAACAAUCCGCAGAGGAGGAGAGCAGCAGCAGCAACAACAAUUGGUCACCACCGCCUCGACAACAGUCGCAGUUGUUAUAAAAAGAUAUGGUAUGGAUUGAUUGGGAUAUUGAUGGAAUUGAUUCAAUUUGGGCGAUUUGCAAAGCCGAUUCUGUUUUUACUUUACUGCCUGAUGAACGGGUGUAAGAUUGUGGGGACACAUUUUGGACGACCCAUUCUAUGAUUUCAGGCUUGGAGAGGACACCUUUUGGGUCAAGGCAAGAAAAACUGCUUCGCUUGCUUGCUUGAAUCCACAUUCUUCUGGUAGUGCAGACGAGGCACAAAACCGCUUCGCAUGGCCAUAAAAAGGACCAAGGGAACUACCAGGUAUUUGGGAGAGAAAUGAUGUGCUGCAUGGACCCAAAUAAUGUCACGGGGCUGCUAUCUCCAUAAAAAUCAACAACCCUUCCCAUUCCUCCUCCAGCUUCACAGGCAAUAAAUCGUCUCUUGCUAUUAUCAUACCUUUUCAUCCUCUCUACCCCUCCAAUAGUUGCUACCAUAAUCAAAACAUAACUCUUCUCCUACAGCGAU